AUGCAGCCCGUGGAAGUUUCUCGCUCCCUGAGCGCACAAUGGCCCUGUCGGGACGUACAGGCGCGGCAGCUUGCCAGCCUGCUUCAUCCAAAUACCCCUAGUCUGUCGAGCUUAGUCGUACACGGAGUGUCCGCUACUUGCAAAACUACAAUCCUUCGUGGUGUCCUGUCAACACUCGAGGUACCGCACGCCUUCGUCCGCAGCUCGGAAUGUAUUACGGCACGACAUCUCCUCACUAAGAUUCUGUGGAAUACACUCGAGGCUCUGGGUCAGAAAGAUGAAUGGGAGAAAUACGGCAAAGGUCGAUGCGAGCAUGUUAGUACGCUUGCAGUGCUGCUGGAGGAGUGUCUCGCGGCUAGGGCGGAGGAGCAGCGUGGAAAGUUUGUGUUGGUGCUGGAUGAGAUUGAUCGCCAGCGAGAGGCGCCACCAACAUUACUGUCUGCCCUGGCGAGACUCGGAGAGAUUAUUCCGUCUCUUUGUGUUGUUCUCGUUCUGAGUUCGACUCCUCGACCGCUCUUCCUACAAAAUGCGGCUGUUCCCCAUGUCAGCUUCCCUCCGUAUACGCGGAAAGAGGCGAUCGAUAUUCUACUAGCCUCUCCGAUGCCCUCGGUAGAAAAUCUACCCGACGAGACCUCCUCACGGGUAUAUCCCCAUUUCGUUGCGACAAUCUACGACACCCUGGUCGGCCCGACAGCAGGAUCAAUUCCAACUUUCCGAUCUAUAUGUCACCGGCUAUGGCCCCUGUUCGUUGCACCAGUGGUUCAAGGCGAAGCCCCUCCCGGUGGAAAUACGGAAUGGGACUUUACCCGUCUACUGGUGAAGAACAGGGCUCUUUUCCGGCACCAGGGCGAGUCUGCACUGGUCCACCGAAUUGUGCCCGAGGACACUUCUGCUUCGAGCAAGACAGUGCGCAAGCCAUUAGCAACCUCAGCAGCACCGUCUGCUCUACCUCAUCUCCCUUAUUUCUCGACGUUGAUCCUUACAUCGGCGUACCUGGCAUCUCACACCCCGCAACGCCUGGACACGAUCUUUUUUUCCAAGUUCUCGUCGAGCUCACUAUCCGCACGUAACAAGCGUGCUCACCAUCGUCGCCGACUGAAGGUCCUGUCCCAAGCACAGGCGGAAGACAGGGCCGCUGCAAACGACGACCCCUCCACCCCCCGAAAGGGCAAGCGGACGAAAACCCGUAUCACCAAGUCCACACUCUCUUCAGCCUUUGCAACAUCUUCAGCAACGACAUCCGCCGUCGGCGGUGGCGCGGGUAUCACAGGCCCAUCAACCAUUCUAUCCGCUCGUCCAUUCCCACUAGAACGUCUACUAGCAAUCUACCACGCCGUCGAUCCAAAUCCACCUGAGAACCCUAUCAACACCGCAGCCGUCGCAGACCAGAUCUAUGCUGAACUAGCGACAUUACGCCGUUUGCGUCUCGUGGUCCCUGCUUCGGGUCAUGUUGGAUUUGCCAGUACGGGUAGCGGAAAUACCAGUUCUGACGCGGGUGAGAAAUGGUGUGUGAAUGUGUCAGGGGAUUGGAUUGGGGAGUUGGCGAAGGGAAUUGGCGUCGAGGUUGGGGAAUGGCUUGCAGGUGGACUGGAUUGA